AUGACAUCCACGCGUCCACCACUCGACGUCAACCACCGCUCCGAGCCAGCCCCCUCGCGCCGUUCCAUAUCCAGCCAGGCCGCCUCCGCCUCCCGCGCCCUCACCUCCGUCGCUUCCUCUUCCGUAUCCACCCCUUACGGCGGCCUUCCCUCUUCGGCAUCUUCCUCCUCUUCGGCAUCUUCCUCCUCAUCCUUGGUCUCCUCAGCGCGACGCUCCAUAUCCUCGACCGGAAGAAACUCCUUCUCGCGCGCAAGUCCUUCCACAACUUCGCUCGUCAAGGAUCAAUCUCCCCGCUCUCGCAGCCGACGUAAUGGCAGCGCCAGCUCCAGCAGUCUGGUGCUCACCAGACCCGACAAUGCGACAGGCAUCCACCAGUCAAGCAACGCCGAGUCCUCCGCAUCUGGCUCCGGCAGCAAACGCGAAGCCGUGAGCGCUUCCGCCGCCUCCCAGAGCACCCGCCACCAGCGCCACCACUCGGCAGAGACGCUCCGCUUGGAUCUCGACGGCCUCGACCUCGGCGGAAACCAGUCUCUCGCCAACCCUUUCGGCGCUGCUGCUGCCGCCACCGCACCCGAUCAUCGCCAUGUCCGCUCCACUUCCAACAACGCCGCCAUCCCCAACUCUUCUUCGUCUUCCCGACUCGGCGGCUUCAUCGACCCCUUCAGCUCCAACAAACCCGUCGAUCUCAACCUCCACCAGCUCUGCGCAUCCUGCCCAACCGAUCCCCACACCUACCCCGCCCUCCACGCCCUCGAAGACAGCUUCUCCCUCCAUCUGCGUGCAGAGUGCUCCGACUAUCGUCAGAUCAUGCCCGCUCAGAUCGUUCUCAACGCUGCCGCCGACAGGGAGCUCCGCAUGCGCAACGCUGGCCCCGAAGCAACCGACCAAUACCGUCCGCGAGGCUAUUCCAUCAGUCACGGCCAGGUCCUCGGCGGAUUCGCGAGUCUCGGUCUCCAGACCGAGCCAGAUGCCGCGCCCACAGCGCCACCAACGCGCCAGUCGCCCGUCCGCGCCGACACCAAGCACUCCACUGACUCGUCCGAGCCGCCCAUCACGCCGAUCGAGUGGAGGGACAGCUUUGCAUCGCCCACCUCCGCCAGCUACGACGCCACGCCCAAGUGGGCGCAUCUCACCAGCAGGCCUUGCAAUCCGCUCGAGCCGCUCGACGUGCUCUCCAUCCAAGAGAUGGGCUUCCACAGCCUCGACGUCGGCAGCCUCAACGACUGGGAGGGCUGCAAACUCUCCGCAGAGAUCCUCUGCCCCAUCAACGGCCAUCAGCGCAUCCAGUGGUCCGUCGCUCAGACCACGCGCAGGACCAAAAAGUGGGUCGUCGUGCCCAACGCCACCAUCACCUGCGGCAAGCCAGACACUCUCGCCAAUGCCGAACAGGCAGAGAGGACCGUCGUCGUCAGCGCACGUUCCAUCUGGCUCGACGAAGCCGCGCAGACCGCAGCGCAAGCAAGCACCUCACACAAUCCUCCCAACCACUCGGCCAAACUUGCAACGUCGAACCGCAGCUCUCGCCCCUUCUCGGGCAAGUCGGGCUUUGAGCUUCGGCUGCUGCGCCCCACCUCGGGCCGCAUUUGCCCGCCCAUCUAUCUGGCCAACGCAUCGACGCAUCGAUCGCUUCAUCAGUAUCGCACCGACAUCUGCUUGCGAUCCAAGCCGAGCCAGGCUAGUUUGGUUGCAGACCGUCUCAGCCCGAGGCCGCCCCAGCCCGUGUAUCCGGUGCUUCGACGAUCGCGAUCGCGACCCUACCUGCGCCACCAGCACGUACCCUUGCGUCGCUCGCGCUCCAAACCCUACUUGAAGCCCGAACAGCACGCGGCCAACCAGGCGGUGGCUUCCAGUGUCGUCGCCGACGAUUUCGCGCCUUCGCUUCCAGGCGAUCCGCACCUGCGCAUGCAUCCGGGCGAGUCGUGGCCUUCGGCACGCUCGCGCUCGCCUCGACCGCGAUCGUCGUUCGACGCGACGUCGAGCAGCGAUGACGAAAGCGACGCCUCGUCGGAUGCAGAGAUCUUCUCGGCGCCCAAGACGCACGAGUCGGCGAGCGGCAGUGCCUCGUCUGCCUCCUACGACCACUCUCACAAGCCAGACAUGCCUCCAAGGUCGGCACCGGUCGCCAUGGUUUCCUCUGGCAACAGGCACGGCACAGGCCAGCGUUCUCCCUCGGAGAAAUCCGCCGCGACAUCGUGGCAGCACAGCAGCCUGGGCGAGUCUCAUACCGAUUCGUGGCAGGGCACCUCGCAGACCACCGCCGCGUCGGCCUCGUCUGCGAGCGCCAGCAGCAAGCAGAGCCGCAGCCGCAAGGGCCUGCAGCGCGCUCUGCAGAAGAAGGACAAGGUGCUCAACUCGUGGUUCAAGCGCAGACCGGACGCGUCGUCGGCAGCUUCGGCCGAUGGCCAAGCCCCGCAAGCCGAGGUGGCCAAUGGCGUGUCGCCUUCGGCAUCGGCGCUGCCGUCUCCGACCAGCGCGCACAGGAGUCUCAACGGCAGCCAGCCCGCUCGCAUGCCGCGGGAGAGCUCGGAGGCAAGUGCGGGUGUGGCGAGCAAGGGGCCGACGCCUCUGACCGAGACGGCGCUGGAAAGCUUCCAGAGGGCCAUGUUCCGACCGGCUUCGCCCGAGUCGACCAUCAUGGGAUCCAGAAGGGGCUCCGAGGCACUCACGCAAAAGGCAGUCGAGCCCAGCAACGCGGUGGGCGAUCGCUCGAUCCCCGACAAGGUGGCUACGAAUGGCGGCGCUCCUGGCACGGAUGCAGCUUCGGACAACCGCACGGGCGUGCACACGACGCUGUCGGCGCUGUACGGAUGGGACCGGGAACAGGCGGCGAGCAAGCUGCUGCCGUCGAGGGCUGUUGGCUCAGGCCCGGGCAGUGUAGCCUCGACACAGGGAUCUUCGUAUCUGGAUUUGGACGAGCAGGUGGCAUUGCUGGGCAUUGAUGCGGUGCCAGCUGAGGCGCUGACGAUGCUCAUUCCGCUGCCGCUGAUCGGGCGAUCGCGAGCGCAGGAUGCAGUGCGGUAUAUGCGCGUCAACUUUGUUCCGUUUGGCAGCUUGUCCGACUCUGUGGACACGCAGAGAAGUACGGCAUGGAGCGGGCUCAGUGGUGUGGGCUCGCCGGGCUCCGAGAGCGAAGCAGGGCUGUCGCACAGCACGAGCAACGGCAGCGGCAGUCUGGCAUCGGCUCGCGAGGCAGGCUCGGGCACGACCAAGACGUCGGAGCAGUCGAAUUGGAAGCGAAAGCUGGGACUGUCGGGUCGAAGCGGCGCGGGUGCCAACGGGCAGAACAGCGCCGCGAUUGGGGCUAGCCAGCUGGCUUCAACGACCGAGUCGCCCCCGCCAACGAGUGGCCCACAGGCGUUCCGCAUUACGGCGAUUGUACACGAUGCGCCGUGGACUGCGCCGGCGGCAUGUUCACCGCUGGAUGCACGCUUGCCCGAGCCAGGCACGUUUCCGGUGGUGUUGGGCUACUGCAACGGCUCCAAGACGCUCGAGAUGGUGCCCGAGGGAUGGGGCGCGCUCUCGCUCGCCGGCGUGCCCGUGCCCACCAAGCCGGACGGCUCGCCGUUGGAGGGUGUGCAUCCAUUGCAUGGCGUGACGGAUCUGAUCAUCUCGGCGUGUACCGCUGUGAUGGAUGUGUAA